AUGUUAUUUCCUUUCCUACAAAGAAACACAUCCAUCUCUCAUUCUAAUGAGAGGCGAGGCCGCCGUAAAGUCGCUGAGCCGGGUCGGUUUUUAGGUGUUCGAAGGCGGCCGUGGGGCCGCUACGCGGCGGAGAUUAGAGACCCCACCACCAAAGAAAGACAUUGGUUAGGUACAUUUGAUACUGCCCAUGAAGCAGCCCUUGCUUAUGAUAGGGCUGCCCUUAAUAUGAAGGGUACCCAAGCUAGAACUAACUUUCUAUAUUCAGAUUCUUCACCAUUUUUUCCUCUUCUUUCCCAAAAUGACACGUGUAAUACUAAUCAAGAUUAUGAUAAUUUUACCUUUUUUAAUGAUGAUAAUUCGGGUUAUUUGGAUUGCAUUGUACCUCAAAAUUGCUUAAGACCAUCUCCUACAAAUGGGUUUAAUCCUAAUAAAGCUACCCUUAAUGACAAAAUUAAUCCUAACCCUAAUUUUCAUUCCCUUAAUCCUUCUCCUUCAAGUUAUGAUACUUGCCCUAAAGAUGAAGGGUACCUUACCUUAACCCAAAACAGUAUGCCAAAUUUAAUGUCGCUUGAUCAUGAUCCUAAAGAUUGUUAUCAUCAUUUAUCUUUAAACAAUAAUACUAUGGAUGAUAUUAAUAAUAAUUUAAGUACUAGAUUAUCAUGGGAAAUGUUGGGAAUUUUUAAUGAUUCUUGUGAUUUUUCCUUGAUUAAUAAUAAUAAUAAUCAUAUUAAUAAUAAUCCAUUAAUAGAGGAGGAGGGUUAUUGCAUGGAAAUGGAAGCAUUGUAUCCAAUGGUUGAAAACUCAAGUACAUCGGAAGGAGCAAGUUCAUAUUUGGGAAUGUCUUAUGAUUAUACAUCUUUUGAUGAUAUGUUUGACUUGGGAUACUCUUCUUUUGAUUAA